AUGGGUAUUGAGAUUGAACAAAACCACCCUUGUGUUGAACUUUCAAGUAUUGCAACUUCUGAAACUCAUGGAGAAAAUUCUCCAUAUUUUGCUGGUUGGAAAGCUUAUGAUGAAGAUCCUUAUCAUGAAUUAUCUAAUUCAUCCGGAGUUAUACAAAUGGGAUUGGCAGAAAAUCAAGUGUCAUUUGAUUUACUUGAAAAAUAUUUAGAAGAAAACUCAGAUGCAUUGACAUGGGGAAAAGGAGGUUGUAGUUUCAGAGAAAAUGCAUUAUUUCAAGAUUAUCAUGGACUUAAAUCAUUCAGAAAAGCAAUGGCAAGUUUCAUGGAAAAAAUAAGAGGAAAUAAAGCAAAAUUUGAUUAUGAAAGAAUUGUCCUCACUGCUGGUGCAACUGCUGCAAAUGAACUCUUAACAUUCAUUCUUGCAAAUCCUGGAGAUGCUUUACUUGUUCCAACUCCAUAUUAUCCAGGAUUUGAUAGAGAUUUAAGAUGGAGAACGGGUGUAAAUAUAGUUCCAAUCCAUUGUGAUAGUUCAAACAAUUUUCAAAUCACACUUGAAGCAUUAGAAUCUGCGUACAAAAAUGCUGAAACAAUGAACAUGAAAGUAAAAGCGGUACUAAUAACCAACCCAUCAAAUCCAUUAGGCAUUACAAUUCAACGUUCGGUUCUUGAAGACAUUCUCGACUUUGUGAUUCGAAAGAAUAUGCAUCUUGUCUCGGACGAAAUCUAUUCGGGCUCGGUUUUUUCUUCACAUGAGUUCGUAAGCGUGGCAGAAAUUCUCGAGUCUCGUCAAUAUAAGGAUGCGGAAAGAGUUCACAUUGUUUAUAGUCUUUCAAAAGAUCUUGGUCUACCUGGUUUUAGAGUCGGAACAAUUUAUUCGUAUAACGAUAGAGUUGUUACGACAGCUAGAAGAAUGUCGAGUUUCACAUUGAUAUCUUCUCAGACACAACAUCUUUUAGCAUCAAUGUUAUCGGAUGAAAAUUUUGCCGAUAAUUAUAUUAAGAUAAAUCGAGAAAGACUAAGAAAAAGAUAUGAAAUGAUUAUUCAAGGUUUGAAAAGUGCUGGAAUCGAAUGUUUGAAAGGUAAUGCCGGGUUAUUUUGUUGGAUGAAUAUGAGUCCGAUGUUAGAAAAUAAUACUAGAGACGGUGAAUUGAAGCUUUGGAAUUCGAUUUUGAAUGAAGUUAAACUCAAUAUUUCACCAGGGUGUUCUUGUCAUUGUUCUGAACCAGGUUGGUUUAGAGUUUGUUUCGCAAAUAUGAGUGAACAAACCCUUGAAAUCGCGCUCAAAAGAAUUCGAGAUUUUAUGAAUAACAAAGACAUAAAGGAUAUUGAAAUCUAA